AUGCAAGGUCUACAGCAACAACAGCAGCAGCUAGCAGCACUUCUCUCCGUCGCUCUUCCCAACCAAAAACCCGAUACUCCCGACGACGACUCCUCUUCUCGCCUCUCCGCAAUCAAUUCCCUCCACCGUGCCAUCCUCCACCCUCACAACUCCCUCCUCAUCACUCACUCCGCCACUUUCCUUACCCAAGGCCUCUCCCAACUCCUCUCCGACAAAUCAUUCGAUGUUCGUCAAGCGGCGGUUACAGCACACGGUGCACUCUGCGGCGUUAUCUGUUCAAUUCCCGUUCCUUCUAACGGUAGACAGAAUCAUGGCAUACUCAGUAAUUUGGUUGAUCGUUUUAUCGGUUGGGCUUUACCGUUACUUAGCAACGUUACUACUACCGUUGAUGCUACAGAACUCGCGCUUCAAGGUCUUCGCGAGUUUCUCAAUGUAGGUGGAACCGAAAGGUACGCAUUACCUAUUCUCAAAGCGUGUCAGGUGCUUCUAGAGGAUGAUAGAACUUCGCUAGCUUUACUUCAUACUCUUCUCGGUGUUAUAACGUUGAUAUCGUUGAAGUUUCCGAGGUGUUUUCAGCCUCAUUUUCAUGAUAUUGUUGAUCUUCUUCUAGGUUGGGCUUUAAUGCCUGACCUUGUGAAAUCGGAUAGGAGGGUUAUUGUGGAUAGUUUUUUGCAGUUUCAGAAGCAUUGGGUUGGUGGGUUAACGAUGUCUUUGAGGUUGAUUACUAAGUUCUUGGGGGAUAUGGAGGCUUUGCUUCAUGAAGGGACUCUUGGAACACCGCCGCAGUUUCGUCGGCUUUUAGCUUUGCUUUCUUGUUUUUCGACAAUUCUGCAGUCAACUGCUUCAGGUUUGUUGGAAAUGAACAUGCUUGAACAGAUAAUUGAACCUCUCAGUGGGUUGCUUCCUCGAUUGCUCAGGUGCUUGCCUUUGAUUGGGCAGAAAUUCGGAUGGUCCGAGUGGAUUGAAGAUUCUUGGAAGUGUUUGACUCUCUUAGCUGAGAUAUUGCGCGAACAGUUUUCGAGUUUUUAUUCUCCUGCACUUGAUAUAUUGUUUCAAAGCUUGGAAUAUCAGACUGGGUUUGGGAAGAUUAUCUCUGUUCAGGUUCAUGGUGUUUUGAAAACUAAUCUCCAAUUAUUAUCCUUACAAAAACAUGGCCUUCUCCCGUCGUCUGUGCGGAAGUUGUUGCAGUUUUUUGCACCUGUUUCUCAGCUGCGAUUGCAUCCGAAUCAUUUGGUGACAGGAAGUUCUGCUGCUACUUAUGUUUUCUUACUUCAGCAUGGGAAUGCAGAGGUUGUCGAUGAAGCUGUCGCCCUAUUGAUUGAAGAACUGGAGAUGUUGAAGAGUGUGAUUGGAAAUGAUACCGCAGAUUCAGACCAGUACACUUUUGAUAUAGAUUCUAAAACAUUUUCAAGACUUGAAUUGUUCGCGCUGAUCAAAUUUGAUUUGAAAGUUCUAUUAGCAUGUGUUUCCAUGGCUGGGGAUAGCAGUUUGAUUGGCCAAACACAAACAACUAAAUUGUAUCUUAGGAGGUUGGAAAAGUUGGUGUCCUUUAUCACAGAAAAGAUGAAUCCUUUUGAGUUGCCUAUUCAGGCCUUCAUGGUGUUGCAGUUUGCUGCUGUCAAGACAUUGGAGAGGCUAAAUUCAGUCGAGUUCUUAAUUAAGUGUUCCCUAAAUGAACAUAAUCGUGACAGAGAUUCUGUUGAAUUUCAAACUGAAAAGGAGGAUGAUGACUAUCAAUUUAGUAAUGGGCUUUCUGCCGUGAUUACUGCGAAUUUGGAAAAAUACAGCAAACUCCUUGUAAAAGCCCUCAACGUUUCUUCUCCUCUGGCAAUCAAAAUAGCAGCUCUUGACUGGGGACAAAAGUUGUGUGAGAAUGUUAAUAAGAUCUCAAGCACAAAAGGCUUCUCUUAUGAGGCAUCCGGAAAUGCUGGUGUAGUCAUGAGCUUGGUUUUCUCACUUUUAAGUGGUACUUUUGAGCGGGAACCAGAAGUAAGAUCAAAUGUUGCAAUAACCUUGGAGAUGUUUGUACAAGCAAAACUUUUGCAUCCGGUAUGCUUUUAUCCCUUAGCUGAAGUGAUAUUGGAGAAACUUGGGGAUCCGUCGACAGAGAUACAAGAUGCAUAUGUGAGACUACUUGCACUUAUUUUGCCAACUACCGUAUAUACAUGUGGUCUCUAUGAUUAUGGGAGAUUUAGACCUGUUGAUCCCGGGUUUGGCGACACUACCAAGAUGCACUGGACACAAUUAUUUGCUUUGAAGCAGAUGCCACCGCAGCUGCAAUCACAACACCUGGUGUCAAUCUUAAGUUACAUUUCACAAAGAUGGAAGGCACCUCUUUCUUCUUGGAUCCAUCGCCUCAUCCAUAGUUGCGAGAGGUUAAAGGAUGCUAUUUUAAACCAGCCCGAAGAAACAGGAAAUUUUGGCACUAAUUUUCCAUGGUUGGAUAUACAAGUGGAUGAAGGUAUACUUGAAAGAAUAUGUUCUAUCAAUAAUAUUGCUGGUGCCUGGUGGGCUGUACAUGAAGCAGCUCGAUACUGUAUUUCUACACGUCUGCGGACUAACCUUGGUGGGCCUACCCAAACAUUUGCUGCUCUGGAGCGCAUGCUGUUGGACGUGGCACACCUUUUGCAACUUGAUAAUGAACAAAAUGAUGGGAACUUAAGCAUGAUAGGGUCGUCUGGUGCUCACCUUUUACCAAUGAGAUUACUGUUGGAUUUUGUUGAGGCUUUAAAGAAAAAUGUAUACAAUGCAUAUGAGGGUUCUGUCAUUUUACCAUCUGCUACCCGUCAGAGUUCUGUAUUCUUUCGCGCAAAUAAAAAAGUUUGUGAGGAUUGGUUUUCUCGUAUAUGUGAACCAAUGAUGAAUGCUGGAUUGGCUCUACAUUGCAAUGAUGCUGUUAUUCAAUACUGCACACUACGUUUGCAGGACCUCAAGAAUCUUUCUGUGUCAGCUUUGAAGGAAAAGCCAAGGGCUCAGGUAGCUGACAACCUCCACAGUAUCAGAGGAAGAAAUAAAGGAGAUGUCUUGAAAGUUUUAAGACAUAUUUCACUAGCUCUUUGCAAGAGUGCUGAACCAGAUUCUUUGAUUGGUUUACAAAAAUGGGUUUCAGUUACAUUCUCCUCCUUACUCGGGGACGAAAACCAGUCCGCCAAUGAGUGUAGAACUGUUGGGCCCCUUUCAUGGAUAAAUGGGCUUGUAUAUCAAGCAAGAGGCGAGUAUGAAAAUGCUGCAGCUCACUUUACUCACUUGCUACAAACUGAAGAGUCACUCAGUUCACUGGGCUCUGAUGGUAUACAGUUUGUUAUAGCACGUGUAAUUGAGAGUUAUGCCGCUGUAUCUGAUUGGAGAUCUCUUGAAACCUGGCUAUUAGAACUGCAAUUGCUUCGCGCUAAGUACACUGGUAGAAGUUAUUCGGGUGCUCUGACAAUGGCAGGCAAUGAAGUUAAUGCAAUCCAUGCAUUGGCACGUUUCGAUGAGGGUGAUUAUCAGGCUGCUUGGUCAUACCUUGAUUUGACACCUAAAAGUAAUAGUGAGCUUACCCUCGAUCCAAAAUUAGCCUUGCAACGGAGCGAGCAGAUGCUACUUCAAUCGUUGCUCUUCCUGAAGGAAGGGAAAAAUGAUAAGGUGUUUCAUGACUUGCAGAAUGCAAGGUCAAUGUUGGAGGAACCACUUUCUGUUUUGCCACUUGAUGGGUUAGCUGAAGCAACACCUCUUGCUAUUCAGUUGCACUGCAUUUUCCUCGUAGAAGAGGAUUACAAGCUUAAAUCAACUGAUGAGAAGGUCGAACAACCUCAUCAGUCAUUAAUAAAUUCUCUCCAGUCAUUUCCAUUCUCUAUUAGUAAAAUCCGUCAAGAUUGUAAUCCAUGGCUGAAAGUUCUUCGGGUUUAUCAAACCAUUUCCCCAACUUCUCUAGUUACUCUUAAAUUCUGCAUGAAUUUGCAUAGUUUAGCCCGUAAACAAAAAAAUCUACUGCUGGCAAAUCGUUUGAACAAAUAUAUCAAAGAUAACAUAUCUGCUUGCCCAGAGGAGAAACAUCACAAUCUUCUGUUAAAUUUGCAAUUCGAGAGCAUUUUACUGCAGUAUGCUGAAAACAAAUUUGAAGAUGCUUUCACAAACCUUUGGUCUUUUUUAUGUCCUUUUAUGGUUUCUCCAACAUCUAGAAUAUUUGAUGUGGAAGAGAGAAUUCUGAAGGCCAAAGCAUGCUUGAAACUCGCUAGUUGGCUAAGGCGGAAUUAUUCAGAUUGGAAUCUAGAGAGUACUGUUCUAAAGAUGUUAGCAGAUUUUGAUAUGACUGAAUCAACUUCAAUCAGCAAGGACGGCAAUAGUAAAAAUAUAAACUCUAAAAAAAAUUUGGGUUCUAUUACCGAGGAGAUUAUUGGAACAACAACAAAACUGUCUUCUCGUAUUUGCCCCACCAUGGGCAAGUCGUGGAUUUCUUAUGCUUCUUGGUGCUUUAAGCAAGCCGGAGGCUCACUCCCUGUUCAGAAUGAAACUUCCCUGGAUUCUUGCUUAUUUUCUCCCAUACUUGUUCCAGAAAUUUUACCUGAGAGGUUCAGAUUGACCAAGGAUGAAGUUCUACGAAUCAAGUCAUUGCUUUUGUGUCUUCUUCAGGACAAUAUUGAUGUGGAAGGUUUCAGAGAUGAACAAGAAGAAGAAAGAUCUUUGCAUGAUUCUGCAGAGCACUCAAGUACUAACAAUCCUCUGCAGAAAUUGGUUUCACAUGUUGUAAAUAUUAUUGAAACCGUUGCAGGGGCACCGGGUGCAGAAACCUCUGGUGGAGAACGUCUUUUAGCUACUGUAUCUUCUCAAUUAAGGGUUUGUUUGUUAAAUGCAAACUUUGGGCUGGGAGAAUCUGACAUAGUACCUACAUUGGAUAAUUUUGUAGAUAUUUGGUGGUCUUUGAGGAAAAGAAGAGUGUCCCUAUUUGGACAUGCUGCUCAUGGUUACAUACAAUAUCUUUCUUAUUCUUCUUCUCAUCUUGGCCAUAGUCACAUGCCUGGCUCUGAAAAUGACACUUUCAAGCAAAAAACUGGCAACUACACUCUGAGGGCUACUUUGUAUAUAUUGCAUAUACUUCUCAAUUAUGGCGUGGAACUGAAAGAUAAGCUUGCAUCUUCUCUUUUGGUUGUUCCUUUGUUGCCAUGGCAGGAAGUUACUCCUCAACUGUUUGCACGUUUGAGCUCUCAUCCUGAACAAUUAAUUCGGAAGCAGUUGGAGGGUUUACUGAUCAUGCUGGCCAAGAACUCUCCUUGUUCUAUAGUUUACCCAACUCUAGUUGAUGUUAAUGCUUAUGAAGAGAAGCCUUCAGAAGAGCUUCAUCAUGUGCUGGGUUGUCUGAGAGAGCUUUACCCUCGAUUGGUUCAGGACGUGCAGCUGAUGAUAAAUGAACUUGGAAAUGUUACUGUUCUCUGGGAGGAAUUAUGGCUCGGUACUCUUCAGGAUCUUCACACAGAUGUGAUGAGGCGAAUAAAUGUACUUAAAGAGGAGGCUGCAAGAAUUGCAGAAAAUGCCACACUCAGUCACAAUGAGAAGAGAAAGAUAAACUCUGCUCGUUAUUCUGCAAUGAUGGCUCCAAUUGUUGUGGCUUUGGAACGUCGUUUGGCUUCAACUUCUCGAAAACCUGAGACUCCUCAUGAAGCUUGGUUCCAAGAAGAGUAUAAAGACCCAUUGAAAUCAGCUAUUGUGUCCUUCAAGACUCCUCCAUCAUCUUCUUCAGCUCUCGGGGAUGUAUGGCGGCCUUUUGAUAGUAUUGCUGCAUCCUUGGCUUCUUACCAGAGGAAGUCUUCAAUUUCCUUACAAGAAGUUGCACCACGCUUAGCUCUGUUAUCAUCUUCAGAUGUUCCAAUGCCAGGUCUUGAAAAACAAAUGAAAAUACCUGAUUCUGUUAAGGCAACCGAUCUUCAAGGAGUUGUCACUAUUGCUUCUUUCCUCCAACAAGUCACUAUCUUAUCAACAAAGACUAAGCCUAAGAAACUUGCUAUACUUGGUUCGGAUGGUCAAAAGUAUACAUAUCUCCUUAAAGGACGAGAAGAUUUGCGCCUUGAUGCCAGGAUUAUGCAAUUGCUGCAGGCUAUAAAUGGUUUUUUGCGUUCUUCAUCGACAUGCAGCAAAUCUCUUGGAAUUCGCUAUUAUUCUGUGACUCCAAUCAGUGGUCGGGCUGGCCUAAUCCAGUGGGUGGAUAAUGUAGUCAGUAUUUACAGUGUAUUUAAAUCUUGGCAAACCCGAGUCCAGCAUGCACAGUUUUUGGCAUUAGGCACUGCAAAUACAAAAUCUUCAGCUCCUCCACCUGUUCCUCGUCCCAGUGAUAUGUUUUAUGGGAAGAUCAUACCUGCACUUAAAGAGAAAGGCAUUAAGAGAGUGAUAUCACGAAGGGAUUGGCCCCAUGAAGUCAAAUAUAAAGUUCUUCUUGAUCUCAUGAAGGAGGUGCCUAGACAUCUUCUUUACCAAGAACUAUGGUGUGCUAGCGAAGGAUAUAAAGCCUUCAGCUCAAAAAUGAAAAGGUAUUCUGGAAGCCUUGCUGCAAUGAGUAUGGUUGGUCAUGUUCUGGGACUGGGUGACCGACAUUUAGACAACAUUCUGAUAGAUUUUUGUGGUGGGGAUAUUGUACAUAUUGAUUACAAUGUGUGUUUUGACAAGGGACAGAGACUAAAAAUUCCAGAGAUUGUUCCUUUCCGUCUUACCCAAAUGAUUGAAGCAGCUUUAGGGCUGACUGGAAUAGAGGGCAGCUUCAGAGAAAACUGUGAGGCAGUUAUUGGCAUUCUAAAAAAGAACAAAGACAUACUUUUGAUGUUACUAGAAGUGUUUGUCUGGGAUCCACUUGUGGAGUGGACACGGGGUGAUUUUCAUGAUGAAGCUGCAAUUGGUGGUGAAGAAAGGAAAGGCAUGGAGUUGGCUGUUAGCUUAAGUCUAUUUGCUUCUCGAGUGCAGGAAAUUCGUGUUCCCUUACAGGAACACCAUGAUCAGUUACUGACUAGCCUGCCAGCUGUUGAAUCUGUACUUGAGAGGUUUGCCGAGGCUCUAAACCAAUACGAGAUUGCAUCUUCCAUAUACUGUCGAGCUGACCAAGAGAGGUCGAGCCUUACAUUACACGAGACAUCUGCUAAGUCAAUUGUUGGUGAAGCAACCCGUAAUUCAGAGAAAAUCCGGGCUUCAUUUGAAAUCCAGGCUCGGGAGUUUGCUCAAGCAAAGACUAUGGUUGCUGAGAAAGCUAAGGAGACAAUGACCUGGGCUGAGCAACAUGGAAGGAUUCUUGAUGCUUUACGAUGCAACUUAAUCCCAGAAAUAAAUUCUUAUGUUAAGCUGAGUAACAUGGAAGUUGCCUUAUCUCUUACAUCUGCAGUUACUUUAGCAGGCGUUCCACUAACUAUUGUUCCUGAGCCAACACAAGCACAAUGUCAUGAUAUAGAUAGGGAAGUUUCUCAAUUCAUAGCUGAGUUGGAUGAUGGACUAACUUCAGCAAUAAAUUCUCUGCAAGCAUAUUCCUUGGCGUUGCAAAGAAUCUUACCAUUAAAUUACCUUUCAACCAGUGCUGUACAUGGCUGGGCUCAAGUUCUUGAAUUAUCUGUCAAUGCCCUGUCAUCUGAUAUUCUCUCUCUUGCCAGAAGGCAGGCUUCUGAACUUGUUGCAAAAUUUCAUGUAGAUAGCACUGAUUCCAUCAAAUCCAGUCAUGAUGAUCUAUGUUUUAGAGUGGAGAAGUAUGCUAUGGAAAUAGAAAAAUUGGAAAAAGAGUGUACUGAAAUAGAAAGUUCUAUUUGCUUAGAGUCAGAAUCAAUAACUAAGGAUCAUCUUUUGUCAGCUUUCAUGAAAUUCAUGCAGUCCAUUGAUCUUUUGAAAAGAGAAGGUGGAAUGUCUUCUCUUCAAUCUAGAUGUCAUGGGACAAACAGUACUAGGCUCUUAGGUGAGCUAGAGGAGGAGAGGGAGAAAGUACUAACAAUUCUAAAUAUUGCUCUAAGUUCAUUUUAUAAUGACGUUAAGCAUAGAAUACUCAAUAUAUAUAGUGAUUUGUCUGGAGGAAGAAAUCAAUACAACAUGUUGCGGAAUGAUUCUGGAACUAUUUUUGCUUGGUUUGAAGAACAAGUGGAAAAAUGUAAUCUCCUGACAGAGUUUGUCAAUGACCUACGACAUUUUAUUGGAAAUGAUAUCCAUUCUAUUGAUACAAGCAAAGAUAAUUCAAAGUCUUCUUCUGAAAGUAAUUGGGUUUCCAUUUUCAAAACCAUUUUGACUUCCUGUAAGGGAUUGAUUAGUCAAAUGACUGAAGUUGUUCUGCCUGAUGUAAUACGGUCUGCAGUUUCAUUAAAAUCAGAAGUUAUGGAUGCAUUUGGGUUGAUAUCACAAGUUCGAGGGUCUAUAGAAACUGCACUGGAGCAGGUUGUGGAGGUUGAAAUGGAGAGAGCAUCACUGUUUGAACUUGAGCAGAAUUAUUUUGUUAAGGUUGGUCUUAUUACUGAGCAGCAGCUGGCUCUUGAAGAAGCUGCAGUUAAGGGCAGGGAUCAUCUUUCAUGGGAAGAGGCAGAGGAACUUGCAUCUCAAGAAGAAGCUUGUAGAGCACAACUUGACGAACUUCAUCAAACAUGGAGUCAGAGGGAUGUAAGGACUUCUUCACUUUUAAAGAGAGAAGCUGAUAUUAAAAAUUCCCUGGUUUCUGUGAAUAGUCAAUUUCAAUCUCUAGUUGGUGUGGAAGAAGAAAGUGAACCACAUAUUUUGAGAAGUAAAGCACUAUUGGCUGCACAUGUUAAGCCUUUCUUAGAACUAGAAUCCUGUGAUAUUAUGCUGUCUCCUGCUGAUUGUUCUGUUGUGAUCCCCUCAAGUAAAUUUCAUACUCUUGCGGAUUUUAUAAAUUCUGGGAAUUCCAUUUCUGAGUAUAUCUGGAAAGUUGGAGGAUUAUUGGAUGACCAUUCUUUUUUUAUUUGGAAAGUAGGUGUUAUAGAUUCUUUUGUUGAUGCAUGCAUACAUGAUGUAGCUUCGGCAGUCGAGCAAAAUCUAGGCUUUGACCAGUCACUCAAUUUUAUGAAGAAAAAGCUUGAAAUCCAACUUCGAAAACACAUUAGUCACUAUUUGAAAGAAAGAGUUGCCCCUAGUUUGUUGGCCUCUUUAGAUAGAGAAAAGGAGCACUUGCAACAAUUAACAGAUUCAUCAAAGGAACUUGCUUUAGAUCAGGUGAAAAAAGACGGGGCAGUGAAGAAGGUUUUACAUAUGCUUGAAGAAUAUUGUAAUGCACAUGAAACGGCUAGAGCAGCAAAGUCAGCAGCUUCUCUCAUGAAAAGACAAGUGAGUGAGUUGAAAGAAGCUCUUCGAAAAACUACCCUUGAGGCAGUUCAGAUGGAAUGGAUGCAUGAUGCUAGUUUGAACCCAUCAUAUAACAGGAGAAUCACAUAUGAGAAGUAUCUUGAUACUGAUGACAACUUGUAUCCAAUCAUUUUAAACCUCAGCAGAUCUAAGUUAUUGGAAAAUUUACAAUCUGCUAUUUCAAAAAUCACAUCGUCAUUGGAUAGCCUCCAGUCUUGCGAACAACCUUCUCUUAUAGCUGAAGGACAGCUUGAGAGAGCAAUGGGCUGGGCCUGUGGGGGCCCAAGUUCAAGUAGUUCUGGAAAUACCUCUACUAAAAAUUCCGGAAUUCCUUACGAGUUCCAUGAACAUAUUAAGAAACGGAAGGAGAUUUUAUGGGAAUCUAGAGAAAAAGCAUCAGACAUUGUGAAGUUAUGCAUGUCAGUAUUAAAGUUUGAAGCAUCAAGAGACGGGCAUUUGCUUAUACCAGGGCAACCAUAUCCCUCUAGGAGUGGUGUUGAUGGAAAUACAUGGCAGCAACUGUACUUGAAUUCAUUAACAAGAUUGGAUGUUACUCUCCAUUCUUAUACACGUACCGAACAAGAGUGGAAGCUUGCUCAAUGCACUGUUGAAGCUGCUUCCAAUGAGUUAUAUGCUGCAGCCAACGAACUCGGCAUUGCCUCUCUGAAAGCAAAAUCAGCUUCUGGUGACUUACAAAGCACUGUUCUUUCAAUGAGGGAUUGUGCGUAUGAGGCAAGUGUUGCUUUGUCUGCUUUUGCUCAGGUUUCAAGGAUGCAUACUGCUUUAACUUCUGAGUGUGGUUCUAUGCUUGAAGAGGUUUUAGCAAUAACUGAAGAUGUACACGAUGUUUACAAUCUGGGGAAAGAGGCAGCUUCAAUCCACCUUUCACUCAUGGAAAAUCUUUCAGAGGUGAAUGCCAUCCUUUUUCCACUUGAAUCCGUGUUGUCUAAGGAUGCAGCUGCUAUGGCUGAUGCUAUAGCUAGGGAAAGUGAGACCAAGGAGGAAAUAUCACACAUCCAUGGACAAGCUAUAUAUCAAUCAUACUGUUUAAGGAUCAGGGAUUCUUGUCAGACCUUUAAGCCCUUGGUGCCAUCUCUGACAUCAGCUGUGAAGGGACUUUAUUUGUUGUUAACUAGGCUAGCAAGAACAGCUAAUCUCCAUGCUGGGAAUCUGCACAAAGCUCUUGAAGGAAUAGGAGAAAGUCAGGAAGUAAAAUCACAGGAUAUUGCUUUGUCCACAUCAGAUGCUGGUGGUGGUGAUGCUGUUGAGUUUGAUGGUAAAGAAGGGGAGAGUCUCUCAAGGUCUGAUGAUGAUAAGACAGAUGAUAUUAUUGGCUUUUCUCGACUUUCUUUGGAAGAAAAAGGAUGGAUAUCACCACCAGAUAGCAGCUUCUGUAGCAGCUCAGGAUCGGACAUUACAUCUGCUGAAGUUAGUCUUUCUGAUUGCUUCAAUGAUUCAGCAGAAAAUACAGAUAUGCUUUCACAGGUGUCUAGUAGCAGAAACCCUACCAGUGAUUUACAUACCACUUCCUUGUCUCAAACUGAUGUUGAAGAAAUCUCACUUUUUGAGGUGCCAAAGUCUUUUCCUCUGGAAGCUGAUCUCAACGAUGCUGAUUCUGUCAAGUUAACUUACGAGGCCACCGAACUUCCCGCUACGCCUUUUCCCAGUCAUAAAUCUGUUGCCAGGUCCGCUGUCUCGCAUAAUCCAUCAACUGAGAACUUAGACAAAUUUGAUGGUAAAGAUGAUCUACUUUCUACAAAUAAAGCUAAGAAUGGCACAGAACACCUAGAAACUCCCGAUGCUGACAUCAAUACCAGUACUCGAAUAGGAAGGGGCAAAAAUGCUUAUGCCUUGUCAGUAUUGAGGCGGGUUGAGAUGAAAAUUGAUGGUCGAGAUAUUUCUGAACGCAGAGAAAUUAGCAUUGCAGAGCAAGUAGAUUAUCUACUAAAGCAAGCUACUAGUGCAGAUAAUCUUUGCAACAUGUACGAAGGUUGGACACCAUGGAUUUGA